GCAAUUUCCAGUAAAUCAAAAACAAAAAUAUGAAGGUUGAAAAAAUGAUGCAAUUAAUUAGGCAUAUGGCAGUGGGAAUGGCGGUGAUAGUAGUGCUAUCGGCAAUUCCGGCGGAUUCGUCGACGGACUGCAGCACAGUGACGGCAUUGAUCUCGUCGUGCUCGAGCUUCGUGAAGGACGGGACGCCCGAUCCGAUGCCCGGAUCCCCCUGCUGUAUGGCCAUGACCACCCUCAACAACGUCGCUGACUCAGCCGACAACCGCCGCAGCGUCUGCCGCUGCUUGAUGGACUUGAUUACCCAAAACAACCCUAACGCCACCGCAAUCGCCACCUUGCCUGGUUUCUGCGGUGUUUCUCUCGGAUUCACCAUUGAUCUUAAUACCGACUGCGAAUACAUCGACCAAUUUGCUGAGCUUGAAGGAAGGUGAAGGCAAUGCUGUGGAUGGAUGCACUCAAACUGCAAAUAGGUUUUUCUUUUUUUUUCUUAUUUCAAAAAUGGGAAUAAUGUAUCGAGUUUUCAAUUUUUAGUGGAGUAUUGAAAUAAAAUGGGAUAAGUAACUUGAA